AUGAAGUUCCUCACUCUCGGCGCGCUGCUCAUCGGCGCAGUCACCGCUGUCUCCACAGGUCGGGUCCCUCACGGUGCCCAGAUCAUCCCUGCCAACGACAAGUCCUCGCUGCGAAACAUUGGCGCCCACGGGCAAAAGUAUCCAGACCGCCGGACUGUCACAAUUAGGCCGUCUAAGAAUGACACGGACGACAUCUCCGACGACUUCCUCUGGGGCAUCAAGCACGCUAAUCAUGGUGGCCGUUUGCUCCUGAAGAAGGGCAAGACCUACGUGAUUGGCAAGAAGCUCGACUUGAGCUUCCUGAACAAUGUUGAGGUUCAACUGGAGGGUGAAAUCAAGUUCACCGAUGACAUCAAGUACUGGCAAGCGAACAACUUCUAUUACUCGUUCCAAAAAUCAAUCACCUUCUGGGUUUGGGGAGGAAAAGACAUCAAGAUCUUUGGCCACGGUACCUUGAACGGUAACGGCCAGGCCUGGUAUAAUGCGUUUGCAGGACGCGAGAUUCUGGACUCGAGCAACACUUUCUACCGGCCAAUCUUGUUCUUGACCGAUAACGCAACUCGCGUCAGCGUGGAGGGGAUCACCCAGCUAAACUCGCCAUGCUGGACGAACUUCUUCGUGCGCACCAACGAUGUCUCCUUUGACAAUGUCUUCAUUAAUGCGUUCUCGACCAAUGCCUCGGCUCUGCCCAAGAACACUGACGGCUUUGAUUCGCUCAACGUGAACGGACUCAGCGUGACCAACACCCGAGUCGACAUUGGAGACGAUUGCUUCUCACCGAAGCCCAACACGUCAAACAUCUUCGUACAGAACCUCUGGUGCAACAACACCCAUGGUGUGAGCAUGGGCAGUAUUGGACAGUACUCGGGUGUGCAGGAUAUCAUUGAGCAUGCGUACAUCGAGAACGUUACCCUACUUAACGGCCAGAACGGUGCCCGCCUCAAGGCAUGGGCCGGCCAGAACGUCGGCUACGGACGCAUCAACAACAUCACCUACCGCAACAUUCACAUCGAGAACACCGACAAGCCCCUUGUGCUUGACCAGUGCUACUUCAAUAUCAAUGCAACCGAGUGUGCAGCACACCCGUCCGCUGUCAACAUCACCAACAUUGUCUUUGACAACAUCUAUGGCACAUCCUCGGGCAAGAACGGCAAGGAGGUUGUUGAUCUGACUUGCUCUCCCAACGCCGUGUGCUCGAACAUCCACCUAUCGAAAAUCAACCUGACCAGCCCCGCGGGUAGCCCACCGGUGAUUAUUUGCGAUGGUAUUCAGGGGGAUAUUGGUGUGAACUGCACUAGCUCGACGUAG